AGCGGGUGUUGGAGGGGAAGAAGGAAGUGCGUGCGGGCCGGACACUCGACUCCACAGUGCGGAAGCUCGAGGGCGGCCCACCAUGGCUGCAGGGGUCCCGGGCGCGGGGUCCGCGUCCCCCUCUCCCUCCAUGUCCUCCCUGCCUCUGGCCGCGCUCAACGUGCGAGUGCGGCGCCGACUGUCGCUCUUCCUGAACGUGCGGGCGCAGGUGGCUGCCGACUGGACAGCGCUGGCAGAGGAGAUGGGCUUCGAGUAUUUGGAGAUCCGGCGGCUGGAGAAGCACGACGACCCCACGGGCAGCCUGCUGGACGACUGGCAGGGACGUCCCGGCGCCUCGGUGGGUCGUCUGCUGGAGCUGCUCGCCAAACUGGGCCGCGACGACGUGCUGCUGGAACUGGGGCCCAGUAUCGAGGAGGACUGCGAGAAGUAUAUUCUGAAGCAACAACAGGAGGAGUCUGAGAAGCCCUUACAGGUGGCUGCGGUAGACAGCAGUGUCCCACGGACGGCAGAGUUGGCGGGCAUCACCACACUUGAUGACCCCAUGGGGCAAAUGCCUGAGCGAUUUGAUGCCUUUAUCUGCUACUGCUCCAGCGACAUCCAGUUUGUACAGGAGAUGAUCCAGCAGCUGGAACAGACAAACUAUCGGCUGAAGUUGUGUGUGUCUGACCGCGACGUCCUGCCUGGCACCUGUGUCUGGUCUAUUGCCAGUGAGCUCAUUGAGAAAAGGUGCCGCCGGAUGGUGGUGGUUGUCUCAGAUGAUUACCUGCAAAGCAAGGAAUGUGACUUCCAGACUAAGUUUGCACUCAGCCUCUCUCCAGGUGCCCAUCAGAAGCGACUGAUCCCUGUCAAGUACAAGGCAAUGAAGAAAGAGUUCCCCAGCAUCCUGCGGUUCAUCACUGUCUGCGACUACACCAACCCCUGCACCAAGUCCUGGUUCUGGACUCGCCUCGCCAAAGCCUUGUCCCUGCCCUGAAGGCUGCCUUGGGACCCUGGGUGUACGUGUGUCUGUCUGCCUGUACGUGUACUCCUGCCCCUGUCUCCCUCUGUGGUUGUAGGGGGAUCCUGUGCUCCACUUGCCUGUCCAUUCCUUGAGCUGCCGGCUCCACAGGCACAUCUGCAGCCACUGUACGUUCCUGGACAUCACGUCUCAGGGCCUGCAUGGAAUCAAUGGCUGCAAGGGGAGGUGCCAGCUGGGGCUAAGAGGAAGACCGAAGGCGCCAUCUCUGACCCAUCCGCACAUCUCAGACCUCAGCUUCUCCGUCUGAGAACUGAGUAGGAUGGGGAGAACAGGCAGUAGCUAUGUUCAGAUCACUGUGGGAAAUGGUGAAGCCUUGUUCUGGGUCUCCCAGGGGAGACAGAUCUUGGCUGAGAGAGAGCUGGCUGCCAGGGCCAUAUGCUGGUACUGCUCGACCACGGCACUGCCAGGGAGGCUGCUGCCACAACGGUGCCUACUUGUUGCUCAUCUCACAUCCCACUUCCUGCUGCCCCGCGGGGUAAAGACUGGCCCAGCACAGGGUGAUCUCAACCUGACCCUGAUUCCCCCAUGGGUUCACCUCUAUCUGCCUUGGACCACUCCCAGCUUCUUCCCACAUGAGCAGCUGGGGCUGCUUUUCGCUUCAACCCGUCCAGGUGCCUGUGAUCACACUCUCAGCUCUGCCUGGCACAGGAUGGGGUGCAUCAGGUUGGUUCUGAGGCUGGGCCACUGUGGUGGGGUGAGCAAGAAAACCUCCUCCCUGGGCCACCCAUGGAGAGGUUUCCCAUCCACCUUUUGUACCUUCAGUGCCUUACAAAGUUGUUUGCUGGGACCAGUUUACAGACAGGGAUCCCAUAAGAGCCUCCUGACCCAAAGCUUGUGGGCGCACACACACCCAUGCACAUGCACAUGCGCGCGCACACUUCCCUGCGUACAGCUCCCAGGUAUGGCUGGGUGAGCUAGUCCCACCACUGAGGGGGUCUAACCGUGGAUAAAGAUAGGGCACUUAUGUAUUCCUUUCCUCUUUCCCCCCCACUUCAUUGAAACCAGUCUCCAGAAAGAACCCAAUAUGCCAGCAUGUAUGCCUCCAGCAAAGCACAGAGCAAGGAAGGGAGCUGCUGACCUUCACGCAGCAAGUCAAAGGCAGACAGCUGUUUUUCCCUCUCCCACUCCGGGAGAUUUGUACAUUAGUUCAAAUUAGCUCUCCUUGGGGGAGAAAAUAUGAUGGUCUCAGGUCUCUCCCAGAGCAGAUCUCGGGACCCUAAAUCUAACUGUAGAAUGUGUCUUCUCUGUUCUGCCUCCAGCAGGGCUGGCGCAAGGUACCUUUCUUCAGGGUCUGGGGAGGGAUGGAAGGCCCCUCUGCAUGAUCUCGAUGAAGCACUUAGCCACCAUGCACCUAUGCCCACUUUAUAGUGGGGAGGAUUGUAAAACAAUUUCAAGAAAGUAUCUCACACCUAUUUCGUAUGCAUUGUGAAAAUUUCAAAGGGCCAAGAAAUGCCUAUGUCAUUUCUCCUACAUCCUGGGUUUACAAUAAAGAGUUUUCUAUUUUGGGAACA